UCUAAAAAGAUAUGGACCAGUUUUGGGCGGGCGAACACGAACUAAUCUGGGCCAGUCUUUAGCUGUUGAUAUGGGCCAGAUUAUUCCCCUCCUCUCGCCGCUUCACUCCAGUCCAGCGGGUGGCGCUAAAACACAUGCGUUUGUUUGCCAAACACCAGUAAACCUCAGAAGAAGAAGUUCAGUUUCACAGAGCUCUCUGUUGUUUUGUACUGAUGCUGGCUUCAUACAAACGUUGUGACUUAAGUGUUGAAGCAAGCAGGAAUAUCUGGAGGAGUAUCAGCUGAACUGAGAUCUGCUGCUGUGAAGAUGGUGUUUGUUAAAGAGGAGAGUGAGGAGAACAUGAUUAAACCAGAACCUUGCAGAAUAAAACACGAGGAACCAGAACCUUUGAGAAUAAAACACGAGGAACCAGAACCUUUGAGAAUAAAACAAGAGGAACCAGAACCCUGCAGAAUAAAACAGGAGGAACCAGAACCCUGCAGAAUAAAACACGAGGAACCAGAACCUUUGAGAAUAAAACACGAGGAACCAGAACCUUUGAGAAUAAAACACGAGGAACCAGAACCCUGCAGAAUAAAACACGAGGAACCAGAACCUUUGAGAAUAAAACAAGAGGAACCAGAACCUUUGAGAAUAAAACACGAGGAACCAGAAACCUGCACAAUAAAACAUGAGGAACAAGGAGGCUUGAUGAAAAUGAAAGAAGAAAGACCAGAUCUGAAUGAGGUGGAGGAGAAAUAUCAGGAUCAGAAAGACAAUGGAGAAAAAUCAGUGAGUUGCAGCAUUAAAAAAACAGAAGUCGAAAGGCCUUUCAGCUGCUCUCAGUGCGGAAACACUUUCACACGUAAAGCAAGCCUUGAGAAGCACAUGUUAAUUCAUGCUGGAAUAAAGUCUUUCAGCUGCUCUGAGUGUGGAAAGAGUUUUACAUAUAAAGUAUGCCUUGAGAAGCACAUGAGAAUUCAUACUGGAAUAAAGCCUUACAACUGCUCUCAGUGUGGAAAGAGUUUCACAAGUAAAGGAUACCUUAAGACUCACAUGUUAAUUCAUACUGGGAAAAAACCUUUCACCUGUGCUCAGUGUGGAAAUAGUUUUAUAUGUAAAGGAAUCCUGAGGGAUCACAUGUUAAUUCAUGCUGGAAUAAAGCCUUACAGCUGCUCUCAGUGUGGAAAGAGUUUUACACACAGAGCCAGCUUUAAGAAUCACAUGUUAAUUCAUGCUGGAAUAAAGUCUUUCAUCUGCUCUCAGUGUGGAAAGAGUUUUACACAGAAAGGACACCUUCAAAAACAUUUGGUAACUCACACUUCAGAAAAGCCUUUCAGCUGCUCUCGGUGUGGAAAGAGUUUUACACAAACAGGACAUCUUCAAACUCAUUUGGUAACUCACACUUCAGAAAAGCCUUUCGGCUGCUCUCAGUGUGGAAACACUUUCACGCGUAAAGCAAGCCUUGAGAAGCACAUGUUAAUUCAUGCUGGAAUAAAGUCUUUCAGCUGCUCUGAGUGUGGAAAGAGUUUUACAUAUAAAGUAUGCCUUGAGAAGCACAUGAGAAUUCAUACUGGAAUAAAGCCUUACAGCUGCUCUCAGUGUGGAAAGAGUUUCACAAGUAAAGGAUACCUUAAGACUCACAUGUUUAUUCAUACUGGGAAAAAACCUUUCACCUGUGCUCAGUGUGGAAAGAGUUUCAUAUGUAAAGGAAUCCUGAGGGAUCACAUGUUAAUUCAUGCUGGAAUAAAGCCUUACAGCUGCUCUCAGUGUGGAAAGUGUUUCACAAGUAAAGGAUACCUUAAGACUCACAUGUUAAUUCAUACUGGGAUAAAGUCUUACAGCUGCUCUCAGUGUGGAAGGAGUUUUACACAUAAAUCAAGCCUUAAGAGGCACAUGUUAAUUCAUACUGGUGGAAAGACUUGUACACAGAAAGGACAACUUAAAAUUCAUUUGGUAACUCACUCUUCAUAAAAGCCUUUCACCUUAAAGAGUAAAUGUCUAUGUAAGUAAAUGUCAUCUACUGGGUCACCUCAAGGGUGUGUCCUCUCUUCUUUAUUAUUUAUCUUGUACACAAAUGACUGUAAGAGUAGUUACAGAAGUAGGCAUAUUAUAAAAUUAUCUGAUGAUUCUGUAAUAGUUAGCUUUAUUAGUGAGGAGGACUCCAUGUAGGGUCCUGAGGUUGAUGAUUUUAUUAUGUGGCGUCAGAAUGCUUUCUUAAAACUUAAUGUUUCUAAAACCAAGGAGAUGACUAUUCAGUAUAAGCAAACAAGCAUUAAUGGAGUAGGUAUUAUGAGUGUUGAACAGUAUAAGUAUUUGGUACUGUUUUGGAUAUCAAAUUGUCCUUUUCUCCCAAUACUGAGGUUUUGUGUAAGAGGGGGCAGCAAAGAUUGUAUUGCUUGCGGAAACUAAGGUCAUUUAAUGUGGACAAAUCAUUGAUGUACAUGUUCUACAGAUCCUAUAUUAAGUCACUGUUAUCUUUUUCACUGUUGAGCUGGUUUAAUUCUCUAAUGGCGCUUUUCCACUGCAUGGUACGGCACGGUACGGUUCACUUUUGGGGGGUUUUCCACUGGGUACAGUACCUGGUACCUGGUACUUUUUUUAGUACCAUCUCAGCCGAGGUUCCAAGCGGACCGUACCGUUACCAAAACGUGACGUGUAAAUUUAGCUGAUCACUGAUUGGCCGGAGAAAAUCGCCACUCCCUGCGUCAUUGAACUUGCGCCCGAGACACAACAGACCCGCUAGAUUUAAAUCAGUACAGCCAGCGAAGGAUCGAACGCAACUGUUUUGAAUGAGCGCACCUUUCUUUUAACAACCAAAAAAUGGCUUCGUUGCCUGUUGAGGAAGUACAGACUGUCCUCUCGUUGAUAGCCGAGGAGCGGAUCCAGCGAGAGCGUGAUGCAUCGACGCAGAAUUAAAAGUUUUUCAAGAGUCAUGGCAGUAGAGGCGGUGCCGUUCUGAACCGUGCCGAGCCAAGUCGUACAAGAAUUGUCUUGAGAGGAUUGUAAACCAGGGAAGUAAAAUAACGGGGAGGAAGCAAAUGACUAUGGCCCAGUUAUAUCAUAUGGCGCUUUUCCACUGCCGUGGUUCAGCUCGGCUUGUUACGCCUCUGUUUGCGUUUGCACUUUAGUUUAGUACCGCUUUAGAGUGGGUGGGAUUAUACGUCAUUUUGGUUGCGCCGCCUCUACUGCCGUGACAUCACCAUAAACGCGACAUAAACAAACACACAACAAAACAUUUUCAUUCUGCGUCGCUCCAUCAAGCUCUCGCUGGAUCCACUCCUCGCCUGUCAAUGAGAGGAACGUCUGUACUUCCUCUACAGACAUGGUUUGGUUGUUUUAAAAAAGGUGCGUUCGUUCAAACAAAAGUUGCAUUCGAUCCUUCACUGGCUAUGCUGAUUUAAAUCUAGCGGGUCUGGUGUCUCGUGAUGCAAGUACAAUAAUUACGAUUCUCUCUGGCCAAUCAGUGAUCAGCAGGGUUUACACAUCACAUUUUGGUAACGAUACGACUCGCUUGGAACCUCAGCUGAGGUGGUACUAUAAAAAGUACCAAGUACUAUACCCAGUGGAAAACUCUCCAAAAGUGAGCCGUACUGGGCCGUACCGUGCAGAGGAAAAGCACCAAAAGACAGGUUUUAGGUAAAGCCCAGAGCAUUUUGUUUGAUGAUUCCCACCCUAUGUAUCACGAGUUUGUCCUUCUCCCUUCUGGCAUUCAUUAUAGAACCCCUAUUAGUAAAACAAAUCGGUUUAAACAUUCAUUCAUCCGCUCAUCUGUAAAGUUUUUAAAUUUAAGGUAAGAACUUUUAGGAAGGAAAUGGAUUGUGUUUUUGUUGUUUAUGUGAAAUGCUUGUGCGCUGCAACCAAAUUGCCUUCGGGAAAUUAAUAAAGACAAACUGAUCUGAACCUGCUCUCAGUGUGGAAAGUCUUUUGCGUGUAAAGGAUACCUUGAGACUCACAUGAUAAAGGGGUCAUAGGAUGGCCAUUUUCCACAAGUUGAUAUGAUUCUUUAGGGUCUUAAUAAAAAGCCUAUAACAUGCUUUGGUUACAAUUUCUCAACUGUAGUGUAAAACAACACCAUUUUUGCCCUGUCAAAAACAGCUCUGUUCACAGCGAGCUUUUUCGGUGCAUGUUCCUUUAAAUGCUAAUGAGCUGUGUUCAGCCUGCCUCUCGGUUCCAUGGGGUGACAAUCUCUCAUGAGACUGUUAGCUUUAGCCGCAUUUAGCCUCCAAACUCGGUAACUAGCACAUUAUUAGAAAAGGCGAUUUGCAAAGAUUCAUAAUGCAAAAAUGUUUUCUGUCUUCACUUCUUCUGUCGGUGAAGCUGGAUCACAAAUGAUUUGCGUGAGCAUAGACGCAUUUAGGUAGAUUGGGAGCACAUUCCCUUCUAAAACAAUCAAGCCACUACGUUUUCAGCAGCUCAGAUAGCAAGAGUAA